AUGUGCCAGGGCCGACAUCUGCCCGAUAGACACACCGCGCAAACCCAUAAUGGGUUACCCAUUGCCCUAUCAAUUGAUACCAACACUAACCCAUUGACAAACUUAAGUUCAGUGAAGAUAUUUGUCCGGCAUUUCCAGAGAAGACAAUUCAUCCGCCGAUUUGGUUACGUCCAGAAGACUCACAAUAAAGGACUAUUACCGCGAGUGGUUGGAGAUGUGGCCCCUUUGCGAACGGUUCCCAAUACACGACUUGCCGACGAAUGGCGACCAAAGGCAGCCCUCUUCGGCCAAAACGAUUACAUCGAUAUCUUAGGCGAUGGAAGCGUUCCGGUGACAGAUCUCAUGACAAACACUCCCUAUUGGCUGAAAGGAUUCAAAGGCAACGAAAUGCAAAUGUCUAUCAGAAAGAGAGAGGCCUAUAAGUACUGGAAGUGGUGUCGGCCUAAGAAGUGGAAUGAAUUAAACCUCAGAAUUGGUUUCCUUUACCGGAGACUCAAUUACAAGAAAGCGCCGCCAAAACCAUUAUAUCCAUAAUCUCUCUCUCUCUCUCUCUCUCUCUCUCUCUUUCU